AUGGCGCAAAGGACAUUUCGUGAGGCCCUGCGGUCUGAAUUGAGGGGUUUGUGUCACCAACAUCAGGCGUGCGAGGUGGAGACGACGGGGAACGAGACGUGCCUCGCCAUCGGGACGAGGAUUCUAGUCACCUUCAAAUGUCGUCCCAAUGUGUAUAGCAAGCGGAUCUUCUGCGGGAGGAAGAGCAUCGCCCUGGAGUGUCCCGACGGCUACAUUCUCGCCCUUUAUUCCACCAACGUCUUCUCCGGGGAAUGCCCGCCCAGCAACGGAUUCUACGAACAAAUGUGUCUGGAGACGAGCUCGAGCGAGACGUUUUUCAAGGGUCGAUGCGAUGGGAGGACGCGUUGCGUAGUGAAACCUCAAGAACUGAAGACUUUCUGCCCUGGCACAGACAAGUCCGUCAUGACUCGCAUCGUCUACACAUGUGAAACUAUCCAGUAUGAGGUUGUCUCCUCCAUUGCCUCUGCAGUUGCGGACAAGGUGCUGUGGAAUGCAGUGACCGAGAGAUCAACAGAAGCAGAGCUACGGAAGGCGGAUGGGGUGAUCGCAGGCCACGACCUCACCCCCGCCUCUUCCCCAUCCUCUUCCCCUUCCCCAUCCUCUUCCUCUUUCUCUUCCUCUUCCUUUCGCCCUUCGAACAGCACCCCCAUGCCGGUUCCAGUCCUUGAAUCUGUGCAUUCUUCCCCGGGAGGAGACCGGGUGAUGGCAGAGGGGAAUGAGAGUUCGAUUACUCCUCCACCUACUCUAGUCUGUGGGGACACUCAAACUCCAUCUGCCCUCUUUGGGAUCCUCCAGGAGUGGGUCACUGCCUAUAGAUUCCUCAAAGAGAACCGAGAGAAGCUGAUUUUGUACCUGGUGGUGAGCAUGGCUGGGGCAGUCCUGGCGGUAUGUCUCGUCCUCAUCCUACGUCUCUACUGGAGUGCAUACAGGCUGAAGCGACGGGAGGAGGCGGCAAAGGCAGAACCUGUCCCCACUUUCCUCAGCACGGAACCCAGUGGCGAAGACAGUCUCGAUCCGUACGCCCACAGACAGGUAGUGCUACGUGGGAGGAGGAGAACAGGGGGAAUCCUCGGCAUCUGUACUCCUCCAGCUCUCCCCCGCAGCCUGAGCACUUCAGGAGAGAAGAAGCGCGGGUGUUCGUCCAUCCGCCGACCACACGAGAGGAGAGAAUGCGGUGCACCCACAGUCUACAUCGGGACAGGGAAGGCGGGGAACUUGGCCACCUGCCUUGUCCUGUGGUUAGGAGAUUGGAAACCUGCUCGUCUCCAUUUCUACACCCACCGACAGCUGCGGGGUGUCAAACUCGAUUCAUAUGAAGUUCGAAAUGUGACCUUUAGAGAUAGUCAAGGAGCCUCAGACCUGAAUGCGUCGUUGUCAGUUACAGGACAGAGGACAAGGAAGGAGGUGGAGUAUUAG